AUGGCGGAUUUAGGUGCUCAGCAAGGUCGUAAUUACCGACCAAACCCCUAUGGGCAUUCAUCCUCGUUCCAGCGGGAUGCCGCUUUCUCGGAGAUUUUUGGAGGGAACCCUUCGGGCCGUUCGCAGACAAUGACUUCGCAGACUCCUACAUUCGCUCAGGAUCGGGCACAGUCCAUGUCCUCCCAUAAUGCUGAACCCUUUAUGCAUCCUCGAGCCGGCCCUCCCCACCAAGCGCCAUUGCCCACGCGUCAGCCCUCUAACGGAUACGGUCCUCCCCCCCCGAAUGGUUAUCAGAACCCCCCCCAGCAAUGGCACCCAAAUGUUCCCUCCUACCAUUCCCAACCACCGCCUCAAAAUCUUCCUCGCCCUUACCCUGGUCGCCCUCAAUAUCCUCAACCCCAGCGGCUGGAUUCAAGACCCGGACCAAUGCAACCGCCUUAUCCCAACAAGGGCCCAGGUCGCCCUUCCCCUCCCCCGGCUUUGAACUCGGAUCAAUAUAGGUCCCGCUCCAUGGCUAGAAUGGGUGGCCCGCCGAUGUACCAACAACCUCACCCAAGCAACUUCAACCAUACGUCGGCAAACGCGUUCCGACAGCAGCCAUACCAUCACGCAGGGUCCAUGACACCACAAGGUCGGAUCGUCCCGGAGAGGCAUGAUAAUGAACGGUCUAUGUCCAUGAGUUCCUAUAAUUCGAAUCAUAACCAUGUCCAGACAAUCAAUUCUGGACGGAUUGUUCCGAGCAGACGUCGAGAGUCGGGUAUGGAAAGAGAACGGAUAGAGCCGCCACUUACGGAGCAACCUAUCUUAGAGCAACCCAUGCAACAUCCCCCGAUUGCCUCUGUGCCAGAUCCACAUGCUAGAGGAAGACGCCCAAGUGAAGCAUCGCAAAACUCUCGAACCUUUUCAAUGGCAUCAACCGUCACUCCAGAUCGAACUAGUAGUCUACAGACUAACGCCUGCUUCGCACCUAAGCAGCAAAGCCAAUUCCCGUCUCUGUCUCACUCCACUCCACACCACAGCCGCAGAACUCCUCUCGUCUAUCCCGCCUUACUCUCCCGCGUGGCUACAGUGUUUAGAGAAAGGAUCUCGGUUGGAGAACGGCUCAAGAACGAUCUAGCAUACACUAACGCUUUCACGGGUGCUGAAGCGGUUGAUUUAAUAUCCUACAUUAUUAAAACGACUGAUCGCAACCUUGCCUUGCUUUUGGGGCGUGCGUUAGAUGCUCAGAAGUUCUUCCACGACGUCACAUAUGACCAUCGGCUAAGAGAUGCUGCGGGAGAGUUGUACCAGUUUAAGGAAACAAUGGGCGAAGAAGAUCCAGUGUCUGAAGUUAACGGUGUUUUCACCCUGCUCACAGAGUGCUACUCGCCAACCUGUACCAGAGAUAAACUGUGUUAUUCCAUUGCCUGUCCAAGACGCCUUGAGCAACAGGCACGGUUGAACCUUAAGCCUCAGCCAGGUCUAAGGUCCUCGGCGUCCAAGGGAAGCUUGCAUGACAACGAUGACAACGAUGAUCAGAAACUUUGGAUUAACAUGGUUCCUAAAGAAGUUGCUGAUAGCAUUGACGACCGGGAGAAGAAACGACAGGAGAUCAUCUUCGAGAUCAUGUAUACUGAACGUGACUUUGUCAAGGACCUAGAGUACUUGAGGGACUUUUGGAUGAGGCCCUUGCGGUCCGCUAACAAUACUAAUCUUUCGCCCGUCCCUGAACACCGCAGAGAAAAAUUUAUUCGAACCGUAUUCUCGAACUGUUUAGAAGUUCUUGCCGUUAAUUCUAGGCUGUCAGAAGCUCUGAAUGCAAGGCAAAAGGAGGCCAGCGUAGUAAAGACCGUCGGAGAUAUUUUCCUGCAAUUCGUCCCACGCUUCGAUCCCUUCAUCAAAUACGGUGCGAAUCAGUUGUACGGGAAAUAUGAGUUUGAAAAGGAACGAGCUUCGAAUCCGGCAUUUUCCAAGUUUGUUGAAGAGACUGAACGCCUAAAGGAAUCUAGGAAACUCGAGCUGAAUGGUUACCUUACCAAACCGACUACUCGAUUGGCGAGGUACCCACUGCUGCUAGAACAGGUGGUGAAGAACACCGCGGAUGACAAUCCCGACAAAAAGGAUAUUCCGAAAGCGAUUGCCAUCAUUCGAGAUUUCCUAUCGCGUGUCAACACAGAGAGUGGCAAGGCGGAAAAUCACUUCAACCUUGUACAACUAAACAUGGCCUUGAAAUUUUCCCCAGGAGACUACGUUGACCUGAAGCUCACGGAGGAAAACCGGGUAAUGUUGACCAAAAUGGCUUUCAAGAAGGGUCCGACAGAUUCUGCUGAGAUUACUGCAUACCUAUUUGACCAUGCUGUUUUGCUGGUUAGGAUUAAGGCAGUCAACAAACGAGAAGAAUACAGAGUGUACAGAAAACCUAUCCCUCUCGAACUCCUCGUUAUUACUCAGAUGGAAGAGGUUAUUCCCAGGCUUGGCAUUCCCAAACGCCCCUCUUCGAACCUCAUUCCCGGUGCCAGAACUGCUACAAAUGUCCCUGCCUCCAAGGACGGUUUCCCAAUCACGUUCCGCCAUCUUGGUAAGGGAGGUUACGAUCAGACGCUGUAUGCGACUUCGGCAACGCAGCGGAGAAAAUUCAUUGAGCUUGUCGAGGAACAACAGAGGAAGUUGAGAGAGAGGAACAGCAAUUUUUACUCCAAGACUAUUCUCUGUGAAAAGUUUUUCACUUCUGUCAACAGGGUUAACUGUUUGGUGCCUAUUGAUGGUGGGCGAAAACUGGUCUACGGCACGGAUAGUGGCAUAUACUUGUCAGAACGAUGGCCAAAGGAUAAGUCUGCUAAGCCCAGGCGUGUCCUCGAUGCAACCGGUGUCACCCAGAUCGAUGCUCUAGAAGAGUAUCAGUUGCUCCUGGUCCUAUCCAACAAAACUCUAAGCUCCUAUUCGAUGGAAGCUCUGGACACAACUGAGAACCAGAAUCCAUUGGUGCGUCGGCCGAAGAAGAUCCAGGGCCAUACCAACUUCUUCAAAUCGGGGAUUGGGCUUGGGCGUCACCUUGUAUGCUCUGUCAAGACUUCUGCAUUGUCGACAACGAUCAAGGUGUUUGAACCUGUGGAGAAUCUAGCGAAGGGGAAGAAGAAGCCAUUGAGCAAGAUGUUCCAGAGUGGUCAGGAUGCCUUUAAACCCUUCAAGGAAUUCUACAUCCCUGCCGAAUCCUCCUCCGUCCACUUCCUCCGCGCAACCCUCUGCGUAGGCUGCUCCCGCGGCUUCGAAGUGGUCAGCCUCGAAACCACAGAACGACAAUCUCUCCUCGACCAAGCCGAUACCUCCCUCGACUUCGUCGCGCGGAAAGAAAACGUGAAACCAAUCCACAUCGAGCGCAUGAACGGAGAGUUCUUACUCAACUACAGUGACUUCUCCUUCUUCGUGAACCGCAAUGGCUGGCGUGCUCAGCCGGACUGGAGAAUAUCGUGGGAAGGAAACCCGAUGGCCUUCGCGCUGUCGUAUCCGUAUAUUCUGGCGUUCGAGUCAAGCUUUAUUGAAAUUAGGCAUAUUGAGAGUAGUGAGCUGAUUCAUGUUAUGACGGGACGGAAUAUUCGGAUGUUGCAUUCUUCGACGAGAGAGGUAUGGUUGUGA